AUGAAGAUUCAAUACAACAUAACAGAAGUUUCCGGAAAGAGAAAAGAGCAGCACGACAAUCCAUUGACACCAUUAUUAGCUGGACUUCUGAUUCGCUGUGGGAGAGGUGAUCCGUGGAGUUUCAAGCUCCGUUUCAACUCGAAAUUCGAAGGAUCAAGCUCACUUGUGUUAAAGAAAAAGAUUUCAUUGUCUCAUUGGAGAACACCAAAUUUUGUUCUUCUGAUAAACACUGUGUUCUUAUUGAAGCUUUGA